CUCCUCUACUUUUCCCUGUUUGCUCUCCUUCUCCCUCCUUCCUCUCCCUCACUAUGCUCCAUUUCUCUCUGUCCUACAUUUUAGUCUCUAGCUUUCACUGAUGCCUCUUUCUUUCUUUCUUUCUCUGGUCUGUUUUUCCUUUUAAACAACUCUGUGGAUUUACAGAACAAAACUACCACCUUUCUUGAAGAACUGCGCUUUGAUGUGAUUAUGGGGAAUAUGCUGUCAGUAAUAUUUUCUGAGCUGGAAAUGUGACAUUUGUGGCUGGAGGGAAGAAACCGUCUUUGAUACGUUGGAUCAGUAACUCUGCUCCGAUGACCUGAAUCUGAUAUUUGCGAGGAUUUAUUUGACCGUGAAGAAAUCAUCCGUCAGCUCAGGAGCCUUGAGUCUGUUUUGGAAGCUUCCACCUUUUACUGAAGUGUCCUUCAGAAAAUUACUGUAUUAUCUGCCUCCUCAGGGGUUGAACUCACCGAGCUGAAGGAGCCAAAACGAGCCUCCUGACAGGAGAUCAGUAGAGAUCACAUUGCACAAUGCUAAAGGUAUUUCUCCCGGUGAAAGGUCACAACACAAAUCGGACGGAUUGAUUACUCAGACUUCCUCAAGAAGUGAAAUGUAGAUUCAGCAGGCUGCAGAGGAGAGAGUCACGGUCUUGUGAUCAGUAGCUGGAUAUUUUUCACCAGACAUUCAGAUUUGAGUGUAUUUCCGUUGUUAAGUAAUUAGAUUAUUAUGCAAAACAAGGCCUGACUUCAGAUGAACUUCGUCUGGACGGAUUUAGCAUCGAGGCUGGAGGAAAAAUCUCUGCCUCAGUUGAAGAUGAAAACAUUUGCAGCUCCUCUAUCAGUUGGACUCUGAUAAAUAACAGAGGUCGCUGGUGUUUUCUCUACCUGCUGUGUCACCAGAUUUCAGAGUACAAAGGAUAUUUGACAUCCUUUCUUUCUUCUUAUUGGAUUAUCUGCUUUACUGGAAUUAGUUUCAGCCCUGGGACACUGUUUUUAUUGAUUUUAUUUAUUUUUCUACCAUGGAUGUCUGUAACCAGUGAGAACAAAGUGAGCAGCACAGGAAGUUGCACUCUCUAACUUUUUGAGGUCAUUUUUGGACAGUUCCAGCUACUUUUCUUUUACUUUUUAAAAUUUGUCUACUUUUUUUGUGUUUUUUUUUGGAAAAGCCAGAUUAGGAUUUGGUCCUAAUCUGAAGCUCUAUGCUUUUUUUGGGGCCCAGAAGUUUAGUCUGGGCCCGGUGGCCCGACCUACUCCCCUUACAGAACCAAUGGAGAACAGCGGCUGCAUCCCUCUCUGCUGGAGUAAAGGAGCCUGCAUUUAUGCACAGCAUCCUUUACCAAAAUAUGACGGCCAGUUAGCCCCAGCGCUAGCAUCGGAGUCAGGCAUGGCAUCGUCUUCCUACUUGGAGCCCAACCUCAAUCACUCCUCAGCGGGUGGUUGUGGGGUUAAAUCCCGGUCCGGAAUGCCCGGCGGUCCGGGCACCAGCGGCUCCGCUGGAGGUCUGGAGCGACCUCCGGGCUCCAUGGACCGGGUCCUCAAGAUCUUCCACUACUUCGAGACAAGCAGCGAACCGUGCACCUGGGCCAGUAACAUCAGGCAUGGAGACGCAACAGAUGUCAGGGGCGUCAUCCAGAAGAUAGCAGAGAUCCAUAAACUGCGCUGUGUGUCCUCUCUGGGCCUCCGUCUGACCCAUCUGCACUCGGAUGCUCUCCACUGGCUGCAUCCUGAUCUGGGCGUGUCUCAUGUAAGGGAGAAAUAUGAGAAACAGCACCCCCAGGAGGAAUGGAGGUAUGAGCUGCGGAUGCGGUACCUUCCCAAAGGUUAUCUCAGCCAUUUCUCUGAAGACAAACCUUCUCUAAACUACCUCUAUCACCAGGUAAAGAGCGACUACAUGCAGCAUAUAGCCGACCAGGUGGAUCAAGAUGUUGCAUUGAAACUGGGCUGUUUGGAGAUAAGGAGGUUCUUCAGAGAUAUGCCCGGCAACGCUCUGGAUAAGAAAUCCAACUAUGAACUACUGGAGAAAGAUGUUGGUUUGAGAAGGUUUUUCCCUAAAAGUCUGCUGGACUCCCUGAAGGCGAAGGCUCUUCGUAAGCAGAUCCAGCAGACUUUUAAGCAGUUUGCUAACCUCAACGAUGAGCAGAGCAUCCACAAGUUCUUUGAGAUCCUCUCUCCCAUCUACCGCUUCGACAAAGAGUGCUUCAAAUGUGCUUUAGGGUCUAGUUGGGUAAUAUCGGUGGAGUUAGCUAUUGGACCAGAGGAAGGAAUCAGCUACCUCACAGAUAAAGGCUCAACGCCUACGCAUUUAGCUAACUUUAAUCAGGUCCAGUCCAUCCAGUACUCUGCUCUGGAGGAGAAGGACCGGAAAGGCAUGCUGCAGCUGAACGUGGCCGGAGCUCCGGAGCCGCUCACCGUCACUACGGCGGCGCUGACCACAGCAGAAAACAUGGCCGACUUGAUCGACGGCUACUGUCGGCUCGUCUCCUCGGCGUCUCACUCGUUCAUCGUCAGAGUCCACAAAGAGGGAGACAGAGCUCUUCCUUCUAUACCAAAAGUUUCAAACCAUGAGCGGCGGAUGGAGAAACGGAUGGACGGCGUACGAACCCGAGCUGUUUGCGUCUCAGGUCACAUUAGUGGCGAUGAAACAGACGACUAUGCUGAGAUCAUAGAUGAGGAGGACACCUACACGAUGCCUUCAAAAUACUAUGGACUAGACCAAGCCCGGGACUAUGAGAUUCAGCGGGAUCGGAUCGAGCUGGGCCGCUGCAUCGGUGAGGGUCAGUUUGGAGACGUCCACCAGGGAGUCUACAUCAGUCCGGAGAAUCCAGCUCUGUCUGUGGCAGUGAAGACGUGUAAAAACUCGACGUCAGACAGCGUCAGAGAAAAGUUCCUCCAGGAAGCUUUGACGAUGCGUCAGUUCGACCAUCCUCACAUCGUGAAGCUGAUGGGAGUGAUCACUGAGAAUCCAGUGUGGAUCAUCAUGGAGCUGUGCACACUAGGAGAGUUACGAUCAUUUCUCCAGGUGAGGAAGUACAGUCUGGACCUGGCGUCCCUCAUCCUGUACUCCUACCAGCUCAGCACGGCUCUGGCUUAUCUGGAGAGCAAACGCUUUGUGCACAGGGACAUCGCAGCCAGAAAUGUGUUGGUGUCUACAGUUGACUGUGUGAAGUUGGGAGACUUUGGUCUGUCGCGAUACAUGGAAGAUAGUUCCUAUUAUAAAGCAUCUAAAGGUAAGCUGCCGAUCAAAUGGAUGGCUCCAGAAUCCAUCAACUUCAGACGGUUUACAACAGCCAGCGACGUCUGGAUGUUCGGUGUCUGCAUGUGGGAGAUUCUGAUGUACGGCAUCAAGCCUUUCCAGGGCGUGAAGAACAAUGACGUGAUUGGUCGGAUAGAGAACGGCGAGCGCCUGGCGAUGCCGCCUCAGUGUCCUCCGACUCUGUACAGCCUGAUGACCAAGUGUUGGUCGUACGAUCCCAGCAAGAGGCCGCGAUUUAACGAAUUAAAAACGCAGCUCAGCACUAUCUUAGAGGAGGAGAAGGUCCAGCAGAAAGAGAGGAACCGGAUGGAGAUGAGGAGGCAGGUCACCGUUUCAUGGGACUCUGGAGGUUCAGACGAAGCUCCACCUAAACCCAGUCGACCCGGAUAUCCCAGUCCUCGGUCCAGUGAAGGUUUCUACCCAAGUCCUCAGCAUCCUGGACACUACCAGAUGGCCGGGUAUCCAGGCCCUCACACUCUUCCUUCGGUGCCCAGCGCCUUGUACCCCCCACCAGCCGCCAUGAUGGACACCCACCACGCUCACACUCACCCCCGGCACCACGUGCACAGUCACUCACAUGUACAGCACCUUCCUCAGCCGCAUGGACCGGACAUGGCUCUGUGGGGAUCUGCAAUGGAGGACGGUGCAGUAGACUUGCAGCAGUGUGUAGAGCAGCAGUGCCUGUUAAUGGAGGAACAGCUGAUGAUACAGCAGCAGCAGAUGGAGGAGGAUCAGAGGUGGCUGGAGCAGGAGGAGAGGCUGCUGAAACCGGACUCAAGGAGUUCUAGAGGAAGUCUGGACAGAGAAGAAGGUGGACUCCAACCACCGACAGGAAACCAGCACAUAUACCAGCCCGUUGGCAAACCAGAGCAUGCAGCACCCCCAAAGAAACCUCCUCGACCCGGAGCCCAGAGCCAGGUGGGCCUGGCCUGUCUGAAUACUGGAGACAGCUACAACGACGGCGUCAAGCCCUGGAGGCUGCAGCCUCAGGAGAUCAGCCCGCCUCCCACCGCCAACCUGGACCGCUCCAACGACAAGGUGUACGAGAACGUGACGGGUUUGGUCAAAGCUGUGAUCGAGAUGUCGAGCAGGAUUCAGCCGGCGCCUCCGGAGGAAUACGUUCCCAUGGUCAAGGAUGUGGGUCUGGCGUUGAGGACGUUAUUGGCCACAGUGGAUGAGACUCUACCUCAACUUCCUCCCAGCACACACAGAGAGAUUGAAAUGGCCCAGAAGCUGCUGAACUCUGACCUGGCAGAGCUGAUUGGGAAGAUGAAGCUAGCCCAACAAUAUGUGAUGACCAGCCUGCAGCAGGACUACAAGAAGCAGAUGCUGACGGCGGCUCACGCUCUCGCCGUCGACGCCAAGAACCUGCUGGACGUCAUCGACCAAUCACGGUUGAAGAUGAUGGCCCAGUCCCGCCCACAUUAGCCGACAGCGGGCCGAGCUGACCAACAGCAGCGUCACGGUGGUUCCUGUUGGCGGGGCAGAGCUCCAGACUCUGGAUUAGUGACCAGAGAACCAUCAGAAUCUGGAUUAAAAUCUCACCACUGUGACUUUACAAGAACAGAGCAAAAACACUUCCUGAAUCAGGGACUGGCAGCUUCGCUCUCUUUGGACUGGAACACAGUGACGACCGGAGGAAGAGAGGAAUAAACUGCAGCUCUGGGCCUGAGAUCCAGUCAGAGGUUUAAUCAGUGGGGGGGGCAUCGAGUGGAUUUACAGCUUUUAGGCAGAACCAUCGAUCUGCAGCGUGCAUGAAGCUUCAGAGAGGAGGACUUUACAUCAGCACGGUUAUGAAGGCUGGUACUGAACUCCUUCCUCACCACAACCACAACCAGAAGUUUCCUCUCCGGGUUCAGGUGGAUGUUUCAACCAGAAAACUCACAGGAACUGUUCUUGGUCUCCAUCCCAUCCUGGGUUCCCUCCGUCUCACCAGCUUUUAUUUAUAGACUCAAAUCACACAGAGGAGACGGAGGGAGGACCAGGAAACCUCCCGUUUCACUCACUUCUCCUUCCUCUCAGUCUUCCUCAGCUCCUCUUUGAGCAGAUUUAAAGACUCCAAAUGUGAAGAAUCCAACUAUGUCUGGGUGAACACUCAACUCACCUUUUUUUAUUGGCUGGCUCCAUGUUUUUGUUGUUUUAAGCUGUUUUCUUCUUCUCCUCCUCCUUCUUCUUCUUCUUCUGUGCUGAAAACAAGCAGAUGUUCAGUCCCAGCGGUCAGAAAGUCGUGGGUUUGAUGGUUCAGUGUGAAGAGGAGGUUCUUGUGUCUCAGACUGGUCACUGAGCUUUACUUCUUUCUUCUGUAGUCCAAUUGUUGUUCCUCAUACGACGAGUGUCACACCUUUACCUGUCCUACCACCCACCAGUGACACACAGUCCCAGUUUCUGUCAGGUGUCACACUUUAAAAUGCCUCCAGGGGAAACAAACACAUGAAAUGUGGAGCCACACGACUGGAACUCAAAACACUUAACAGAGAAAACCGCAGAUGUUAAUAUGGAGCCACAUAAUGACUUCUCGCUAUAUGAGUUAUCCUGGUGACUGUACUGGUGUAGCAUGGUGUACUGGUACAGAGAAGAGCAUAUUUGCACAGCACCUAAAAAACGUUAAGAAAAACCCCACACAUCCUAACUUUUUUAAUCCUAUUUUACCCAGAUGUGACUCCCAUGUUUAGCCAGCAAAGAAACUAUCAGAUAUGUGGGUGUUAUGGGGAUAAAAAUGUAAAAAAAAAAAAUAAUAAAUCAAAAAAACAAACAAAACAAUCUAUUUUAUCUCCUCGUUGUUGUGUAAAUCUGCUCAUGUUGGUAUAUUGUAAGCUAUACUGGUGUGUAUCACUGGUCAAUUGUACAGAACUCGUACUAGUAAACACUGGUUUUUAUUUUGUCUUCUGGGCUCAAGCAGCCAUCUUGUCAAAUAGGAGGAAAAAACAGUGAAAUAAAAUAAUGACGAAAUCA